UUCCCUCUUUUUUAGCAAGGAGCCAUAACGAGGGCGGUUUCAUGGUUUACCCGCAGAAGAGAUGAGUUCUGCUCACUCCCAAAUGGUUUCGACCCUCUUCCUCGCCCUCCUCUUCAACUCCUUCCUCUCUCCGACGGCGGCAGAUGUUGACGCCGACGCUUCCGCCCUCAUGGCUUUCCGCAGCGCCGUCGGACGACUGGCGCUCCCCUGGAACACCUCCGUCUCGCCGUGCAAGUGGCCGGGUGUAAUCUGCACUGGAGAGCGCGUCACCUCCCUCCACCUCCCUGCCUCCGGUCUUAUCGGCCAAAUACCCGCAAGAACACUAGGUAAUCUUUCAGACCUCCAAACCCUUUCCCUCCGCUUCAAUGCUCUCUCCAGCCCCCUCCCAUCCGAUCUUUCCAGAUGUACCCAGCUCCGGAAUCUAUACCUCCAUGGAAACCGCUUCUCCGGCGAUAUCCCGGAGUUUCUCCCUUCUCUUACUAGCCUCGUACACCUCAACCUCGCCGACAACAGUUUCUCUGGUGAGAUUCCGCUGGCGCUCAAUAACCUAACGCGCCUCGGAACACUCUACCUUGAGAGGAACCAACUUAUUGGCGAGAUCCCGGAACUCGAUCUUCCCAAUCUGGUGCAGUUCAACGUAUCCUUCAACCGGCUUAAUGGGUCAGUGCCCUCCAAGCUCCGUGGCAUGCCGGCGGACGCUUUUUUGGAUAUGCCGAUCUGUGGUGGCCCGCUUACAGCUUGUCCAGGCGGAGCAGGAAGCUCAUCCUCAGGUGGAGGCAAGCUCUCCGGCGGCGCCAUUACCGGGAUUUCCAUUGGCGCAUUUGCUGCGUUUUUCAUCGUCGUCGCUGUUCUUCUGUUUUUGCUUUGCCGGAGGAAAGGGAAAACCGGUCAUGCGAAAUCGCUUGAGGUGGAAACUGCUAUUGGAAAUAAGAAAAUGGAGGAUGGAGUUCGAGCAAAUGGAAAGCCCGCUAUGGCUGUCGCCGCUGUUGCGCCGGCGACUUUAGAGUCUCAGAAGCAGCUGGUAUUUUUUGGCGAUGGGCCUAGGGUUUACGAUCUAGGUGAUAUGCUUAGGGCAUCAGCCGAGGUUUUAGGGAAGGGAACGUUUGGAACUACGUACAAGGUGGCGUUGGAGAUGGGAAUAAUAGUGUCUGUGAAACGACUCAGGGAUGUUGAUAUGCCGCAGGAGGAGCUGAAGAGGAAGAUGGAGGCCAUCGGCGGAAUGGACCACCCCAACCUUGUUUCUCUCCGGGCUUAUUACUUCAGCAAGGAUGAGAAGCUUUUGGUCUAUGAUUACAUGCCGAUGGGAAGCCUUUCUUCCCUCCUCCAUGG